AUGGACUUAGAUAACAAUCUACAAAUUAAAAUAUAUUUACAAAAGAUAAAAGGAAGAAUACAGAAAAGGCAAAAGGUAAAAUGUAUAAGAGAAAAAGGAAAAGUAUCAGGAAAGGGUCUCAUUAAGCCAAAAACUGAGUCAUUAGGUCGCCAGAGUCCCAUAGAUUUUGCGCAUGUCUUCCAAAACCAGGGCGAAAGACGAUUGGUCCUUAUCCCUUCGCUUCCCGCUGUGCCUUUAUAUGGAAGCUAUGUCGCGGUGGGUUCGAGUAUAUAUGUGUUCGGUAGGACUGAGGGUGCCUUCAGCAUCGACAGUACAUCUCACACAGUGCAGCCUCUCCCGAGCAUGCCUAUACACAUGCAUCGUACAGUGGCUGACAUCAUCGAUGGGAGAAUCUACGUAGCUGGAAAUAGCUUUCAUGAUAAUGUCCGGAAGAAGGUGAUGGCGGUGUUCAAUACCGAAACACAAAAGUGGGAGGAGCCUGUGAUGAUACAGCCAGACAUUGACACGUGGUGUGGUUGUGUGGUUAUGGGUGAUAAGCUGUACUUGAGGAAUAAUCAUAAAAACAGCUUUGUUUACGAGCCAAAGGAAGAUGAAUGGGAAAGAGACGAGAUGCUGAAUUUAAAGAAGUGGGAGCAUGCG